AUGGAAGAAUCGAUGAGAGCGAAGCGCCUCACCCCAGACGUUGAGGUUAUUUCGUCGGGCGAGUCCGACCGCGAUUCCGACGUCGAGUUCUUUACACAUAAGCAUGUAAAGCGGGUGUCCAAGAAGCGCCCGCGUAAGCGACCUGAACCCACGACAUCGCAACUCUCCGCCGCCUCGUGCGACAUAUCUGACCCCGAGGAAGGCAGCAACGCGGAGCGGCAGCGGCGGCGGAAGGCCAAGGCUCGCGCGAAGCCACCGUCCCUCCCAGAGUGGACGCGCUCCCGUCCCAGUCAGGAGCGCGGUCGAUCAAGGGCGGUCGAGCGCGAGAGGUCGGCAUCCAUAACGCUCGUUUCUGAUGGGGACACACCCAAGGCGGACAAGGGCAAGGGGCGAGCAACGGACAAGGCGAAACGCCGGCGGGUCGAGCUUACCCCACCGCCAGUCCUGGCCGAGGAAGAGUUAGCGGACAUCGAGCGGCAGUCGCGUCUUCUCGAAGAAGCUGGGGUUGUCAUUAACGACGUGGACGAUGUGGUUGAGGUCGGCUCGCCGUCCCCGGUUCGCGACCGUAGCGGUCCACAAGUCCAGAUCACGGUACAGAUGGUGGUGGACCCGGACAAGCGCCAGCCUGGUCGCGAACAGGCUGUGGCUGCUUACGAGAAGAGGCGCAUCUUUCAUGUGUUCGAAACGGACCCUCUGUCGGACCUUUUACACGCACUCGCUACACGCGUCCAGGUCCCCGUAGACCAACUCAUCCUCGUGUACGAGGGUCAACGAAUCUUCUUGUCGGAGAAGACGCCCAAGCAGCUCGGCAUUAAGUUCACAGAGGGCUAUGAACUGCCCGUCUACGAGAAGGUCCAGCAGGCGGAGCGUAAGGCCCGCCUCGCACUGUUUGGCGACAACCCACGUCGGACUGAUAAAGACCUGGACGAGGGCGAGCCGUCGCGGCGCUCACCUUCACCGCUGCGCGCCCCGUUACCGCCAGCCGUCCAGAAAGUCAAGCUGCACCUCCGCGGCCCUAAAGGAGAGCUGCACUUCUCGGCGGCGCCGACUACGCUGGUCUCUACAAUCCUGAAGUUUUAUUGUAACAAACAGGGGGUCGACGCGUCUGAGGCCCAUCGCUUUAGACUGGAGUUCGAUGGCGAACACUUUGAAGGCAACUCAACAGUCGGGGACAUGGACGUGGAAAGCGGUGACCUCAUCGAUGUCUCGUAUCGGUGA